CAGCUGACAAGGCUCUGAAGUAUUUAACUCACCGCUGCUACAUUAGGUUCUUCUGUUUGGUUGUCUUGCUAGGUUCACUGAAUUCUUUUGGAUAAUUCAGACGAGCCACAAUGUUGAGCCGAAACUUCAAAAAUGUGCUGGUGGUGUCCAUCGGCUUCUUGUCCCUGUUCACGGCGUAUGGUGGACUACAGAGUUUACAGAGCAGUCUGAAUAGCGAGCAAGGAAUGGGUGUGGCCUCUCUAAGCGUCAUCUAUGCCUCCAUCAUCGUGUCGUCCAUGUUCUUGCCGCCCAUCAUGAUCAAGAACCUCGGCUGCAAGUGGACCAUCGUGGUGGGCAUGGGCUGCUACGUGUCCUAUUCUUUAGGCAACCUCUAUCCCGGAUGGUAUACCCUCAUCCCCACCUCUGUGAUUCUGGGUUUGGGCGGCUCCCCCCUGUGGUCGGCCAAAUGUACAUACCUGACCAUCGCUGGAAACACCCAGGCAGACAAAGAGGGCAAGAAGGGCUCAGACGUCGUAAACAUGUACUUCGGGAUCUUCUUCUUCAUAUUCCAAUCGUCUGCUGUGUGGGGAAACCUCAUGUCCUCACUAAUCUUUGGACAGGACACAAACAUAGCGGACAUACCUGAGGAGCAGUUUACAGAUGUGUGGGCAGCAGACUGUGGCCUGAACAACACCUCCAACAGCACCACCUCCAGACCGGAGCAGAAGCUGGUGACCCUGGUGGGAGCAUACAUUGGUGUAGGUGUGCUGGCCAUGCUGAUUAUCUCUGUCUUCCUGGACAACAUCGACCAAAAGCAGACCAGUGAGUUCCGGGAGAAGCGUGAGCCUUUUUGCCACACCUUCCUGGCCACGUUCAGACUGCUCAAAGACAGGAGGCUGAUCACUCUCAUCCCCCUCACCAUGUACAGCGGAUUUGAGCAGAGCUUCUUGUCCGGAGAGUACACUAAGAACUAUGUCACAUGUGCUCUGGGGAUACACUUUGUAGGUUUUGUGAUGAUGUCUUUUGGAGCGGCCAACUCUCUCUCGUCUUUCCUGUUUGGACGACUGGCUAGGUACACCGGCCGUGCUCCGCUGUUCUUCUUGGCUGCUCUGAUUAACUUGGCGAGUGUCAUUGCUCUGUUGCUAUGGAGACCCCAUCCUAACCAGCUGGCCGUGUUUUUUGUCUUCCCUGUGUUAUGGGGAAUCGCGGAUGCAGUCUGGCAAACACAAACCAACGCCCUGUAUGGUGUCCUGUUCCCUCGAGACAAAGAGGCAGCGUUUGCAAACUACAGGAUGUGGGAGUCCCUGGGUUUCGUCAUCGCCUUCGCCUACAGCACCUUCCUGUGUCUGGAGUAUAAGUUGUACAUUCUGAUAGCUGUGCUGGUGGUGACCAUGAUCACAUACCCCAUAGUGGAGUGGGGCGAGCACAAGAACCCCACUCCCCCCGUUGAAAAGAGUGUCUACUCCGGACUCAAGAAAGACUUUGAGAAACAUGAGAAGAACAUAGUGGCACAGACGCAGCUAUAGAUAGACGAAAAUAUAGACAGGGCUGUUAUUUAAGAGACAAACAAUCAAAGAAAACUCAUAUACUAUGGCUGGGAAAAAAAAUAUCUUUU